ACCAUUCAUUCUUGACCGCGGAUCUGAAUUUUUUUUCCAGAACUGAUAACAUAACAAACCCUAAAAGACAUGUCACCAAAUACCAUCUCGCGUAUAUAAAGGUGGAGCUAGAUCUCAUAUUCUAGGCCUCCGCGGCGUAGCAGCGAAACCCUAACUUUCAGAGGUAAGUAAAAAAUGGCGGUGCCGUUGCUCUCUAAGAAGAUCGUGAAGAAGAGAGUCAAGAAGUUUAAGAGGCCACAGAGUGACCGCAAGAUCUCUGUCAAGGAAAACUGGCGUAGACCAAAGGGUAUUGAUUCUAGAGUUCGUAGAAAGUUCAAGGGAUGUACUCUGAUGCCCAAUAUUGGCUAUGGCUCUGACAAAAAGACUCGCCAUUAUCUUCCAAAUGGCUUCAAGAAAUUUGUGGUCCACAAUGUCCAAGAACUUGAACUCUUGAUGAUGCAUAACAGGACUUACUGUGCUGAAAUUGCACAUGAUGUCUCCACAAAGAAGAGAAAAGAAAUUGUGGAGCGAGCUGCCCAGCUUGAUGUUGUUGUAACCAACAAGCUUGCUAGGUUGCGCAGCCAGGAAGAUGAAUGAGCUGAGCCUAGAAAUUUUGGUUGUGUAGGAGUGAGAAUGGUCUAGUUUGCUUGUCAGUUUUGGAUGUUUUCUUCUUAUAAUCAAUGUAAACUUGGGUGAUUUAUAUCAUAAUAUGGAAUAUUCUUGUUAUUCA